AUGGCGCCUGAGCCACUGCCCGCGGAAACAAUAGUCGAAUGGCUCCAAAAGAUCGAUCUCGAUAGCGCGAGUACAGUAACACCAGAGCGAGAUGACAUCGAUACUGCUCUCGAAGAGGCCCCGCGACCAAAUACACCAGCUCCAACGGUGGUCGUUGUGGAACCAGAAGAAGUGUCACCUACGAAGACCAACUUCUCGGGAGACACAGUGUUCGACGAGCCCCCGGCACCGGCACUCUACAAAGGUUAUGUGUACGGAGAACCAGGCCGAAAAGACGACAUCAACAUCGAUGAGAUAAGGUCGGCCAGCUCUAUUACCGACGCAGGAGACUAUGAUCUGCAAUCAAGCUCUGGUGAUGAUGAAGCGAGUGCCGAGAUCAAAGCCCCGGAAGACGUCUCCUGCGCAGGUUUGCAUCACUCACUUACUGGCUUCUAUGCGGCCACUGAGCAGGAAGUCUCAGCUACCUCCGAGAAGACUGAAGCACCAGAAAAAAGGCUAGUUAUAGUGGUAUCGUGCUUACAAUGCACACUUCAAGGCAUGAGGUGCUCCCGAACACUGCCUGCAUGCUCGCGGUGCGUCAGAGCGGGAAGAGAUGACACCUGCCUUCUCCACCGACGAAUGAUGGCAUAUGAAGCAAAGACCAACGGACAGUGGGCUUCCAACAUGCCAAUACUCCUCCGACUUCAGCAUGACCCGGAGGAGAAGUGGAAUAUGAAGAAUAAACUUGCUCAGAAGUUGCUGCAAGAAUGGCGUAUAGAGCAAGACCGCAAGAAUUGGGUACUUCCAAAUCCCUACAAUGGGAAAAUCCUCAAACAGACUCGUCGGUACGGCACGCCGUUUCUACGAAAAACUCACCCAGGUGAAGGACAAGGAAAUGUUGGUGACGGGAUUCGAGGUCAUUGGCUGAAUCUUGCUUGA